AUGCCUUCUGUUCAACAUCCAUUGGGAUUGAGUUUGGAACAGGUUCUUGACAUUCGGCCUCCUAAAACUCCGACUUUAGAACUUUUAAAGCUUCUGUUACGAUACAUCUUGGCUGGGCUGUUCUCGGUAUUUGAAGAGGCUGAAUUAAAAGAACCCGCGCCGAGAAAGGUUCUCAUCAAUCGUGUCAUUUACAAGAGCUGGCGUAUUCCAUGUACGCCUCCUCGCCUACCACUUAUAGCUGAUUUUGGCGAGGCCAGACUCGCAGAUGAAAAUCACAGAGGACAAGAUAUUAUUAUGCCAGAUGUCUACAGGGCACAAGAGGAUAUCCUCAACAUAAAUUGGGACAUUAAAGUUGAUAUUUGGAGCAUUGCUAUGGUGAUUGGCACCUCCGUAGCUGGGCGUACAUUCUUCAAAGCCAGGAAUGAUCAACGACUUUUGGACGAUACGCACCACCGUGCGGAGAUGGCUGCUAUCAUGGGACCUUCCUCCUGA